AUGGCCCGCUUCCAAUCCUCGCACCGCAACAACCGUCAAGCCAUCAUCAGGUGCCUCGAUAUCAUUUCCAAGCUUUGGGAGGUCGCUCUCAGCCCCUUUGGGGCCGUUUCCCCCACCAUCAACCUCCUCCUCCACCAGUGGCCUCCGCCUCUCCGUUGGAGAGUGGCCUCGCCCGCUCCGUCUUCGAUCCCCCCAGCAUCACCACCGCAAUGCCACGCUUCCCACCGUCGCGUGCCAACCAUCGUCGCAACGCACGGCCUCAGACACAACGCCUACACCGUCCUCGACCUUCUCGACGCCGCCCCCAAGCUCCUCGGGGCCACCUCUCCCAUCACCAGUCACCCCUUCGGCCAGUCACUGAUGCCUCCACCUCGACAGAUGGCCUUGACGCGCAAGAACCUGGAGCUGAGGAGAGACCCAUCGCCAUACCUGACGAUGCAACAAUAG